UGUGUGUGAGACAGAGGAGAGGAGGAGGCCGCGUGCUCCUUUAAGAGCCUACUUGUUGCAUAGGCUACUCUACAAAAUAUAUUGUAACAAAAUGGUUAUCAAAGUAUUUCUCGCGUCUUCAUCGGGAUCCACUGCGAUCAAGAAGAAGCAGCAAGAUGUGGUUGGCUUCCUGGAGGCUCUUAAAGUGGACUACACUCAGCUGGACAUCGCCUGCAACGAGGAGAACCGCAUGUGGAUGAGGCAGAAUGUCCCUGAGGAGAAGAAGCCUGCCAACGGGAUCCCCCUGCCUCCUCAGAUUUUUAAUGAAAAUGGCUACUGUGGGGACUAUGAAACAUUCUUUGACGCAAAGGAGGACAACAUGGUAUACGCCUUCCUGGGGCUGCCCCCUCCUCCUGGGUCAAAGGAAGCAGAACUGGCCGACGAGGAGCAUAUUGUGGAGAACGGGACUCAUGCUGAGGAAGCUAACACAGAAGAGAACCCUGAUGACUCAAUAGAGGUUCCAGAAGAGGAGCGUAAUGGGAAUGAUGAAGCCACGGAGGGAGAAACAGUAGGAGACGAGGCCCCCGCAGAGGAGGACCAGCUAGUGGAAGAAACAGACGAGGUCACAGAAGACACACAGGCCCAGGAAGAGGAGGAAGAGGAACAGGAGGAAGAGGAUUUGCAGUCCGAGGAGGAAGAAGAGCUACGACAGCUUGAGGAAGAAGAAGAGGCUGAAGUACAAGAGGAGGAAGAGACUGAGUAGUUAAAGCCAGCUGACGUCAAGGAUGUUGACCUACUACUAUCCUGCUGUGUCCCAACCCCUGCAAGCCCCUGUCACGCCUUGUUAGAGGAAGCUGCUAAGUGAGCUUCAGAUGUGCCUCCAGAGGACUGGGCACACUGGGUGGCACAGGCGUAGCGGUGCUGGUGGCUGCUUCAUCCAACAGAAAAUUGGAAAAUAUGUGACCUCGUUUUUCGUUUUUUUUUCCUGUUUGCAUGUGUUUCAACCUGAAGGAAAUUCCCGUUAACGUCCCUUCCUGACCCCCUGAUGCUUGACCCCUUCCACCCCUCCCCAAGGCCACACUGGACCCCACUGGAAAUGCGCCAUCCAAACUGAAAAGUCCGAAACACACAUUUCUCCCAACCCUUUUUCCUUUUGACUGCAAUAUUGACUUAAUUUUUAUAUACUGUAAUGAAAAUGUGCAGAGUAGCCUAGUGGUGUCAGUUUGUUUUUAAUGGGUAGCUUUUGUAAAAUGCCAAACAGUUGAUUUAUUAAACUCAAACAUAUUUCUCAUGUUUUACUUUUAGAAAUUCUAGUUUUCUAACACAAAGAGGCAGUAACCUUUUAAAAAAAUAUUAACUUGGCAUACCUUAGCUUGUGGCCUACUUCAGAUUCAAACUCACUCUCCAGUGUGUUCUGCUCUUUUUUCAGUAUUUUACCAAUGUCGUGCCUUCAAGGGAAUGUUUAAAUGCAAACUAAGACUUCUAAUGGCCACAUGAG